UUGUGAUUUUCCAUUCAAUGCUGCUUUUCAAUUAUAGCAAGUUCAUUGUUUUGUUUUUCAGCUGCAACCAUUAGCUAGUAUCACUAACCGUCAUUAUGUUACUAUAAUUUAUAGCCAUGUGAUUUUUUUCCUAUCAUUAUAUUGUUAUUCAUAUUUCUGCUUAAAGCUGGAAUCCUUGGUUGCUACGUACAUUUUUGGACCUAUAAAUGGAUGAUAAACUGAACGGGUUAUGGUAGUAGGUGCCAGGUGCACCGGUUUAAGUGUAUCAAGUACUGCACAUUGCUGUGUUUUUCACUCCAGUUUCCUGUGUUUUAUCAAGAAUGGUCCAUCAAAAGAAGGUGUAACUCAGUAUUAGGAAUGUGUUCCAAAUGUUUUGUACGCCUCAAUUCAGCAGGGCAUGGACUCGACAAGGUUUCAAGUGUUCCACAUGAUGCUGGCCCAUGUUGACUCCAAUGCUUCCCACAGUUGUGUCAAGUUGACUGGAUGUCCUUUGGGUGGUGGACCAUUCUUGAUACACACGGAAAACGGUUGAUUCUGAAGAACCCAGCAGCAUUGCAGUUCUAUGCAAAUAGUCUGGGUAGCCAUUUGAUUAGCUGUUCAGGAGUCAUAUGACUUGGAGGUAGAAGCUGUUAAUACUUUUGGACCUAGACUGAUUGAAGUGGAUUGAACAAGUGACAUCAAUAAAGGAUCCUAGCUUUCACCUAGAUCUACCUGGUCAGUCUGUCAUGGAAAGAACCGUUCUUAAUGUUUUGUACACUCAUAUCCAUUGAUUCUUGAAGAAUUAUAAAUGCCACAUGAGCUUAGGUUAACUGUUUUUUACUCCAGUGUUUGUAAACAUUGUACAUGUAAACAAACACCGUAUAGCCUCAAAACAUGGUUCAAAAACAUGUUGAUAUCAUGGAUGAUCAGUCCUUGCAUCCAUAGCUCUCUCUAUGAAUGUGAGAGUGUUUACAUUUCUCCAAGGCCCAUCCCUCAGCUUUUUACCAAAACACUGGCGGGAAGACAGCUUUAUUAUUGUUUCAAUUAAGGAUGCUAGCUCUAAUGCUGUCCAACAGGGGUUUUCCUGUAUUCAUAGUCCUAGUCAUAGAAUUUGCAUUUACAAUACUUGUAUUUACUGUAAUUUAACAGGAUCUCUAUGCCCCGAGUCACAUCCCGUCAUGUUUUGGAAUCUGGUCUUGCCUGUUUUCCUUCUUUCUAAUUGCUCUCUCUCUCUCCGUCAAGUUGUUUUGGAACUCCCCAUGCUGUGCGACUCAACAGGAAAUGUGAGUUUCACAUAUAAAGGACCUCUUGUGGCAACUCACUCUUCAUUACAGAAACUACUACUUGACACUGACAAAACCUACUGUAUGGUGGUGAAACGGGAACUAAGCGAUUUACUACCGAGACACAAACUGCUGCAGCCUAAACAAGAUAUUAAUCACAAAACAGAGUAAAAGUGUUGUAAUCCAGCUCAUCAUGGUGGACCAGCUGGCUUUCACGCAAGAGAACAGAGAGAGGAUCCAGGCAGUGGAGAACUCCUUUGGCCCCUCUGGGAAGUCCCUGUUCAGACCUGGCCGGGUCUUGAUAGGCGAGGGGCGGCUGAUGAAGCUGUGUCGACGCCGCCCACAGCCCAAAGUAUUUUACUUGUUUAAUGACAUUUUGGUCUACGGUAGCAUCAUCCUUCAUGGACACUGGCACAAGAACCAGCAGAUAAUCUCCCUGGAGGAUAUCCAGCUAGAGGACCUGGAGGACGGGGUCAGCAUGGAGAACCAGUGGCUGAUCCGCACCCCACGGAAGUCAUUUUACGUGUCAGCCGCCUCUGCUGAGGAGAAGCAUGCCUGGAUGAAGCACAUCGAAGACUGCAAGUUCAAGCAGCUGCAGCAUGCCGGCUGCCAGCCCGGAUGCACCUUCGCCACCACCUGGAUCCCUGACCGGGCGUCCGCCAUCUGCAUGCGCUGCUCUCAAACGUUUCGGGUCAACAAACGUCGCCACCACUGUCGUCGCUGCGGCUUCGUCGUCUGCAACACCUGCUCCAAGAACCGGGCCGUAAUCUGCCACAUCUCUACUAAGCCUGUGAGGGUAUGUCGACUGUGUCACCUCAGUCUCCAGGACCAUGGGGCGCUGACCCAGGACAAGGUGCGUUCACGGGGGGACAGUGAUGGGAGGAACUGCUCUGAUGAAUACGAACUGGUCAUGCCUGAGUACGAGGCGACUAUCGACAAUGAGGUAGAUGAGCGGGUAGAUGACCACGCACCACACAAGUGGGUUGAGUCUCAGAUCAACUCUUGGUCCCCGUAUAACUAUUUAAAACCGCAACAUCAAAGUCCCAAUCUCACUGGCUUGUCAAGCCACUUGACUUGACUUGAAUUGGACUUUUGGACAAUGUGAGAGGACACUGACAAGUAUUUACUGAAUGAGUAUGUGGUGAAGAAGUGUCAAAUCAAGACGUUACAUGAUCACAUGUAAUCAGAAAUAUUGUGCAAAUAUGAACACUACUGGAUCAAUAUAUUCCUGUUAAUAUACCUUUGAGUGUAUUGGGGGGCUUAUUUGUGUGAUCCGUUUGAUAAAUGUUAACCUGUAUUAUGCAUGGUUGACUGUCCAUUAUACACACACGCAGUAUCUUUGUUUACAUGAAAUAUUUUGCACUGAAUACUUUUAUAUUCAUCCUAUACUUAUCUUCUCUAAAAAAAAAGGCAUGUUGACUAAGAUAACGUGCCCAUAUUAUGUGUACCUGCAAUUAUAACUCUAAAUGACAACGACCUAUACUCGUUUAUCACAUUCACAUCAACCAUUUACCUAUAAAAUAAAACAUAUUUUGAUA